AUGGUGACCGAGUUCUUUCUCCUGGGAUUCUCUGACGUUCGGGAGCUGCAGAUUUUGCACUGUGUGGUAUUUCUAAUUAUUUACCUCGCAGCCCUGACAGGGAAUCUCCUUGUUAUCACUGCAGUAGUCCUGGACCACCAUCUUCACACCCCUAUGUACUUCUUCCUGAUGAUUUUGUCUAUUCUAGAUCUCGGUUUCAUCUCCGUCACUGUCCCCAAGUCUAUGGCAAAUUCCCUAUUGAACACCAGGUCAAUUUCUUAUUCUGAAUGCAUCGCCCAAGUCUUUCUCUUCUCUUUUGCUUUGGCUGACUUUGCCCUGCUCACUGUCAUGGCAUAUGAUCGAUACAUUGCCAUCUGCAAGCCACUGCACUAUGAGAUUGUAAUGAACAGGAGAGCUUGUGUCCAAAUGACAGCCAGUGCCUGGAUCAGUGGUGUUCUCAGUUCUGCUCUGCACACUGGGAGCGCAUUUACAAUAACCUUCUGUGGAGGUAACAUGGUUGAUCAUUUCUUCUGUGAAAUCCCUCAGCUACUCAAGCUCACUUGCUCUGACUCCUAUCUCAGUGAAGUUGGGGUUAUUGCCUUUAAUGCAUUCUUGGGCUUAAGCUGUUUUAUUUUAAUAAUUGUGUCAUACAUUCAAUUCUUCAUCACAGUGCUGAGAAUCCCCUCUGGGCAGGGUCGCCAUAAAGCCUUCUCCACUUGCCUUCCUCACCUCAUUAUGGUCUCAUUGUUAGUUUUCACUGACACCUUUGCCUACCUGAACCCACCUCCAGCUCAGCAUCAGGUCUGGAUCUCAUGCUCACUGUUCUCUGUCAUUCCUAUGAUGAAUCCCCUCAUCUACAGCAUGAGAAACAAGGAGAUCAAAGCUGCCCUGAAGAAACUGACUUGGCACAGAUUAUUGACCAAGAAUAAAAUGUCUAUCUUCCUCUCAUGA